AAUAAAGGUGUCUUUUCUUUUCCUCAAAUAACCCUUUAUUCUUCUCAUACGUUUUUUGCCUUACCCUUUUCUGUGGAAGAAGAAAAGAACAACACAUAUUGAUCAAUAAGAAUGGAUCAUAAUAAUAAAGACCAUGAUUUCUUUUUACACAAGUUCCCAACAACCUCUCAGGUGGUGGAAGAGUUGAAGGAACUUUGGAGUAUGGCUUUACCAAUAACAGCUAUGAACAUGUUGGUUUUCGUACGAGCCGUCGUUUCCGUCCUCUUCCUCGGCCGCCUUGGUAGCUUAGAGCUAGCUGGUGGUGCACUGUCCAUAGGUUUCACAAACAUAACAGGGUACUCUGUUCUCGUCGGUCUCGCCUCCGGUCUUGAACCGGUUUGUAGCCAAGCAUUUGGCAGCAAAAACUGGGAACUACUUUCACUUUCACUACAACGCAUGGUUUUCAUACUUCUCAUGGCAAUCAUACCCAUAAGUCUUCUUUGGCUUAACCUUGAAAAAAUCAUGCUUUUUAUGGGACAAGAUAGUAAAAUAACUGAAAUGGCUGCAAUAUAUUGUUUCUAUUCUCUCCCAGACCUUUUAACAAACACUUUGUUACAACCUUUGAGGGUUUUUUUAAGGUCACAAAAAGUGACAAAACCUAUGAUGUAUUGUUCCCUUAUAGCAGUUGUUUUUCAUGUGCCUUUGAAUUAUUUCUUGGUAGUGGUUAUGGAAUUUGGUGUGCCGGGUGUGGCGAUGGCGUCCGUGUUAACGAAUAUGAACAUGGUGGUGUUGAUGGCGGGGUAUGUCGGGUUAUUUAGGAAGAAAGAGAUGAUGUUGAAAUGGCCGGGUUGCGGCGGUGGAGGGAUGAUGAUGAUGGUUGUGGGGGAUGGUUUAGGGGAGUUAAUGAAAUUGGCUGUUCCUAGUUGUCUUAUGAUAUGUUUGGAAUGGUGGUGGUAUGAGAUUGUUACUGUUUUGGCUGGUUAUUUGGAUAAUCCAACAUUGGCUGUUGCUGCUACUGGAAUUUUGAUUCAAACAACUAGUAUGAUGUAUACUGUCCCUAUGGCACUUGCUGGAUGUGUUUCUGCUAGGGUAGGGAAUGAGCUUGGAGCUGGUAAACCAUACAAAGCAAAGCUAGCAGCUAUGGUUGCAUUAGGAUGUGCAUUUGUGAUGGGCUUCAUCAAUGUGACAUGGACCGUAAUCCUUAGAUACGGAUGGGCCGGGCUUUUUACAAACGACGAGCCAGUCAAAGCCUUAGUUGCAUCAGUCAUGCCAAUUAUGGGCCUGUGUGAACUCGGAAACUGCCCGCAAACAACCGGCUGUGGUAUCCUCCGUGGCACAGCCCGACCUGUCAUAGGGGCCAACAUCAACUUGGGAUCAUUCUACUUUGUAGGUACUCCGGUGGCUGUGGGCUUAGCAUUUUGGUUCAAAAUUGGGUUUAGCGGGCUUUGGUUUGGGCUUUUGUCUGCACAGGUGGCAUGUGCUUUGUCAAUUCUAUAUGUUGUUAUUGUACGUACUGAUUGGGAAGCUGAGGCUUUGAAGGCAGAGAAGCUAACAAGGGUAGAGAUGGGGAUUUGCAAUGGAAGUAAGAAUAAAGACAACAAGAAAGAUGAAGAAUGCAUGGGUUUGUUAGAGAAUGGAAAUGGUAACAAAAUUGACAUUUGCUAAAAAGACGAAUUUGGAAUCGAUAAAAUUGUAGCUUUUUGCAUACACGCAAUCGGCCACAUUGGUGACCAAUGAAUCUAAAUUAGAUGGUGCAAAUUUUAAAUUCGAUUUAUAGUUUUAGAAA